UGUAAACAGUGAGGACGAUAGAGAGUAUCGUUCUUUUGAACUUGCUCAGUGCAAGUAUACCUCUCACCACGAAAUCUUCUUCUUCUAAGGUAGUGAAUUCAGCUGUUUCUCAACAUGGCCGCCUCCUUAUCAUCUUCAGUCUCCUCUCUCCGAUCAUCCUUGCAGCUGCUUGAUUCAUCCAUCAAUAUACUCGAUAAUGGCGUAAACGACUUCCCCAGAUUAUCAAAGGUUCUGCAGACAACAAGACACUUCGAACUUCUCCCGGAACCAACCCUGCGCGAAGCGCAACAAUCCCUCCUCGACGAAAUUACACCCAGCAUCACACACCUUCUACACGUUGCCUCCAAGCACGUCGACCGCUUAGCCCGUCGCGAACAGUCUCUCAAAGCCAAAUGCGAGCUCCAAGAAGGCCGAUUGUCCUCCAAUGAGGGCCACUUGUCCGCGAAUAACAGCCAGGGUCAGAGUGCCAAGCUCCAGAGCCGUCGGUUAAUGAGCGAUGGAGGAAGCAAGGCGGCGGAACUGAGGAAGCUCAUCCAGAAGAAGGAACGAUUGAAAUAUGCGGUGGAACGUCUGGAGUUGCAGAGUCGACAGAGAGAGCGCGAAUUGAGGAAGAGUAUGGCUGCUCAGUGAAGUGAUGGGCCGAUUGACAAUGGAGAAGAUUGUGUACUAUGGAGGAAAGCUCCGGGCUUCCUUUACAGCGAAAGGUUCACGAAAACUGCCUCACGGGAUGGUAUUGCUGGACGGGCGUCAUCGAGACAGAUCAUGGGCCCGAAUAAGUGGUCUCUCGUACCCUCAGGAAGGGCUUGCGCUCGCGCAGCCUGCUUUCCCAGUUCAGGAAUCUCUACGAGAAGACCGGAUAGAGAGCCGCCAUGUUGCGUGAAAUCGCAUUAUCCUCUAAGGAGGUGCUGAAUUAAUAUCACGCUGAAGUUCCCAGUGUGAAGGCAUCAACUUCACACGGGCCACUCAAUCCCUGAUUCAUCU